AUGGCACUAGCUUUGCGGAGUGCAUUUCCCCUGAAGACGGAGAUCCGCCUGGCCCAAGCGGUCUCCGAGUUCGAGGCUGGUCUCGACACCCGGCAAAAGGCGGCGUUCAGGACCACCAGGUCGACGGCUCGGACGAACCCGCCGGCAUUGAAAGAUGUGAUGCAGGUCACUGCUGAGAUAGACCGACAAGCACACGAAAAGAAUAAAGCGUCCCGAUCAUUUGGUCCCAGAUUCACGAACAUGCUUCAAUCGGUACAGCAAUACGCCGCUUUAGGAGACGUCGUCGUGGGCGGUUCUCAGAACUUGAUUGCUUGUGGCGUGUGGGCGGCAAUGUCUUUGGGGCAUUUGUCAUUUCUUGAAAAGCUUUCUGAGCUGUUCAUGGAGGCUGGACGCCAGGCUCCCCGUCAUAACGCAAUGGCACUCAUCUAUCCAAAGUCAAAGGCGUUGCAGAACUAUUUGUGCGAAUACUACAUCGCAGUUGUGGAAAUAUGCCAGCAAAUCCAAAACUUCAAUCGCAAGUCCCUCUUAGGCCGGAUGGUGUCUGCCCUAGACAAUUCAGAGUUGAAGCGGCUUCAGUCGAACCUAUCGAAAUGGUCAACUUCAAUCUCAGGGCUGGUUGAAGUCCUGCUCAACGAGAAUAUGAUGAACGAAAGAAAGCAGUCCUCUAGAACAAUAGAGCUUCUCAGCAAAUGGUCCGACUCCGAGGUUUAUCAAAGACGUCUCAAGACCAAGGCCCGGUGGCUCGAUGCUUGCUCAACGUACGAAUAUCAGACAACUUGGAAGCAAACCCGGAAGAAGGGUACCUCGUCACUAUUUUCAGCUUGGAAGGAGUACCAAUCAUGGAAACAUGACCCCAACUCUUCCGCAAUGCUGGUAAGCGGGAAAGUAGGUGCUGGCAAGUCAGUCACAAUGGCAAAUAUUGUGGACGAUCUCAAUAUCGAUAAAGAGUCAACGGUAGUCUACUUUUUCUGCCGCCAUGACCUCCCUGAAAGCCUCAAGUGCCGAACGAUCUUAGGCAGUCUUGCCCGGCAGUGUCUAGACCAACUCCCUGUCGGAAGUCAGCCUUUUGCGGACGAUAUACCCUUACUUGACACUUUCGCAAUGACGGAAUUGAUGAUGUCAUCAAUCAAUAUGAGCAAAACAUACGUUAUUGUGGAUGGUCUAGACGAAUGUUCCAUUGAGGAACGAUGCAGUCUUCUUCAGUGUAUUGCCUCAUUGCAGAACACGCCCAGUUGGCACCUUGCAUUUUCAGCAAGACUGUCAGCAGAGGACGUCCUUGGCGCUGAAAUCAAACUUAAAUGGCGCAUCACAAUGCCGAAUAGAAAUCCUGAUAUCGAGAGAUAUAUCGAUACAGAGCUCAGUAGACGUAAGUAUACUGGAGAGCUUGUUACGGACGACGCUCGGCUUACGGAGGAGAUUCGAGAAGCCCUCCUCAAAGGAUCUAACGGAAUGUUUCUCUGGGUUUCGUUGCAGCUGAACGCUGUGUGUUCUGAAGUAUCUGAUCACGACAUUCGCGAAGCUCUCGGGUCUCUCCCCAAAGAUCUGAACGAAACUUACGCCCGCAUACUGAAGAAUUCCGCACGACUAGAUCACAGGAAUCGUCACGUAAGGCUGUUCAAGUUCAUUACCGCUGCGUUCGAGCCCCUAGAUCUCAACCAAAUGCGAGACAUCAUGAGCGUCACAGUUGGCGACAUAUCGUGGGACCCCAGUAAACUCAUCAAUGACAUCAUGAGCAUUCUCAAGUUUUGCGGCAGCCUAGUCAUGAUCGACGAAGAAGAAUAUACCGUCAGAUUCGUUCAUCACACGGCACGAAGUUUCUGCUUAGGAUCCUUGGGCACUAGUCUGUACAGGACAUUGCCGUUCACGGAAAUAGAGGCGCACCGAGCCCUAGGGGAGGCUACUCUGACUUACUUGAACUAUGGGAUUUUCGACAAGCAACUAUCGACUCGCGUCGUUCCUAACAUUGAUGCUCGAAGACUUCCAGAGCAAAUUGCACGUCAAACCAUGAGAAGCUCACGCCUAGCCAGCAAUCUCUUCCAGAAAAAGCUUGGACGACCUCGGGAUAUCGGCCAAAUUCUGGCGAAUUUGGGCUCUGGCCCUACGACUGGUAAUCGAAGCCAAGACCAACAUCCCUUUUAUUGCUACGCCGAACGCUUUUGGCUCCUUCAAUCGAGACACGUUUGCGGGUCGAACAUGCGUGGACUCUGGGAUCGCUUGAUGCAAAGUUCGUAUGCAUCAAACCUCCCGGUCUUCAGCUUUACUCCACAUUUGCCCGGUCUCCUAGACACGGCUUCAGCCAAAAGCUCUGCACCAGACAUUCCAAGUAUAAUUUGGGCGUUGAACUAUUCCCAUGUAUUCUUGUUCGACCACGCCAUGGCCUCCAAGACGAAUGACAGCCUGUCCGCUCGGUCAUUGAUACGUCGACUUAUUCUCUUCCGCAAAUACCUGAAGACUUUGGCAACACAAUCUGUCGAAUUCAUCUGUUUGAACAUAGUGCCGGAAAUGACAUGGCGUCUGCUCCAUAUCGCCAUUGAACUGAGAGCAUAUGACGCUGUCCACAGAAUUGUUCAAUGGUGUUCGGCGGAUCUCGUUUUCUCCAAGGAAGAGAAACUCAAAACGCCAUUGUCCUUUUCGGAUCGAUCACGGGAUGUUAGGCUUCGGAAAGCUGUACUGCAUCUGGUCCAGCACGUUACACUGACCAGGGAAGUCCAAAUGCUCCGUCUUCUGAUCAAAGAAAGACUCGGCUCAGCGGAAGACAACAUUCGCAUGAUAAAAGCCUUUCUAAGGUCCAGCGUGACACAUGAGGUCUUGUUACGGGCGUGUUUUAUUUUUACCCAAGCUGGCUCUCAUAUGAAGAUCAACUUGGGGUAUGAAAUAUGCCACCACCUCACGACCAGUGCUGAGUUGGACGAUUGUCUGAUUUCUUCCGCCAUCAGGGAAAUGCUUUAUAAGGUUGAUUCAGCGUCAAACUUCAUCUACCGCGUGUUUCGUCAAGCCUGUGCGAAGGGAAAUUUGAAGCUGGCUUCAUUGUCAUGGCCGAGCAAGGUCAAUCUCGCGGUGCCGGACCACCCAAGCCACCAUUUUAUUGGGGACGAGAUUGAGCUAGUACUGCAAACUUUGUCUCAGAGCAGAUCCGUCAUAGCUCAUAAACUCCUAGACGACGAAGAAUUUUCAGAACGUCUUUUGCCUGGCUCUGCCCUCAAUAGAGCAGUUGUCCUCAAGCACUGGAGGUUGGCGGAACGCCUGAUAAGUCAAGGGGGAGACCCACGGUCAUUGAUCAAUCUUUGCAGUUGGAACGAAGUGCUUCAUCAUUGUGUUCUGGCGGUUGACGUUGAUGGUCUCGAUUUCCUGAUUCAUAUUGGCAUGGACGUCAACAAGAUCUCGACCGGCCCAACCUUCUCUGGCUGCACACCUGCCGAGGUUCUGGCACCAGCUUCAUUCUGGAGUCGAUACCAUCCUUUUGGAGACCUAAUCAUCCCAGGAUUCAGAAACAGACGUGAUCAGUUUGCCACGGUUCUAUGGGUCAUCACAAGGGGCCGUGGAGUCUGA